AGUCAGUUGACUUUUAGAAAUGGCAAUAAGCGGAUUGACUUUGUACUAAUUUGGGAGACAAAACCGACGGACAAAAAAUACGAAUCGAAGAAAGAGAUCAGAGAAAGUUUUGAGAGGAACCUAGUCAAGGAAGGUCUCCAACUGGAAUGGGAUAUACAGGAAGGGCGACACCUACAGUGCACCAUGGUCCACGCUCCGCUCGAACUCCUCACCAGGUAUGCUGGCAUCUUGAAGAUCAGAAUGCCCAUUGAAGAGGAAGCGGAAGUGACCAGUAAUAGGGAGAUGUGGGACAUGAUGGACGAUGCGGUCCUCAAAGUCCUGCAGCCAUUCCAACUGGACCCCUUAAGAGUACCAAAGAUUAAAAAAAAGUUCACCUAUCCUUAUGAUUCUACUAAAACUUAUUUGUUAUUGAAUCGGAAGUUGUACUUUCUAUUCUCCCAUGCAACUCGCAGUAGAAUAACGGAUUACGUUCUAAGGAGGAAAGAGUACUUUAAGCCUCUGGGCCUUAAAACCGAGUAUGGUAUAAAGCGACUGCUGGCCGAUUCAGUAUACAAUGCAGCCUAUCCAUUGCACGAGGGUUCCUGGAAGGAGAAUUCUCGAAUGAGCAUGCGCAAACUCCUCUAUGAUAAUUGGGCCAACUGGAGGUCAUGGUACAAAGUUCAACCCCUUAAUUAUAUUAGGACUUACUUCGGCGAGAAGAUCGGUCUCUACUUUGCCUGGCUCGGCUACUACACCUACUUCCUCAUCUUUCCUUCCUUCGUUGGAUUCAUCGUCUUCGUCUACGGCAUCUUCUCCAUGGGUGAUGAUGUUGUCAGUAAGGAAAGCUGCGACGAACGCAACAACUUCACGAUGUGUCCACUGUGCAACAAGUUAUGCGCCUAUUGGUCACUGGAUCAGAUAUGCUCCAGUAUCAGGGCUAUGCAUCUCUUCGAUAACGGAGCUACCGUCUUCUUUGCUAUCUUUAUGUCGUUUUGGGCAACGAUCUACUUGGAGAUGUGGAAAAGGGAGCAAGCAGGGAUACAGUUCCUCUGGGACUUGAGGAAUUUCGAGGAGGAAGAAGAACCUCCAAGGCCAGAAUAUUUCACAAGAAAGGCCAAAUCCAAAUACGUGAAAUACAAUAAAACGACUAAGAAGGAGGAGCCGUAUUUUCCUUUUUGGAGAAGGCAGAUUCCAGUUCAUUGCGCCUCAUUCUCUGCUGUCCUCUUUCUGGUGGCCGUCGCGAUAGCCUGCGUGGUAGCGAUUGUGUUCUACAGAAUUUCAAUCAUAACCAGCAUCUACAUGAUGAACGACGAGCUACUCUAUCAGAAUGCAGCCAUUGUAGUGUCGAUCACGGCUGCCUGUAUCAACCUGGUCGUCAUCUUUAUACUCAAUUUUUUCUACACGAAACUGGCGAUCCUGCUAACGGAGUGGGAGUGCUUUCGAACCCAGUCCGAGUACGACAACAGCCUGACCUUCAAGUUGUACGUUCUUCAAUUCGUCAACUACUACUCGUCUCUCUUCUACAUUGCCUUCAUCAAGGGCAGGCUAGGAAGCCAAGAAAAUUACCUGACAGUCUACAGUGGCUCGCAGAGACAAGAAGAGUGUCAAGGCAGUUGUUUAACGGAGCUCUGCAUACAGCUGGCUAUCAUCUUUGUCGGUAAGCAGCUCAUUCAGAAUACUCUCAUCGAGAUCUAUCUACCGUAUGUGUUUGUAUGGCUGAAGAAGAAGCUGUGUACAUCACGAGAGGAGCGCCAACUAAUGAAGCACUACAAACCAUGGGAGAAGGAUUAUGCACUGGAAGAUGUUGGCUCCAUGGGUCUCUUCAAUGAAUACCUCGAAAUGAUGAUUCAGUUUGGCUUUGUAACGUUGUUCGUGGCUGCAUUCCCACUUGCUCCAUUCUUCGCACUCAUCAACAACAUCAUCGAGCUGAGGUCAGAUGCCAACAAGUUCGUCACUCAGUUGAGGAGGGAUGUGCCCAUCAGGACUGCUACUAUUGGCAUCUGGUACGAUAUCCUCUACGGCCUCUCCAAGUUCUCCAUACUGACGAACGCCUUGAUAAUAGCCUUCACCUCCAGCUUCAUACAGCGACAGUUGUACACACAUGUGUACAGCACAAGUGGCUCUCUGGACGGGUUUGUCAACAAUAGUUUGUCCUUCUUUAAUGUUUCCGACAUGCCUGAGAAUGUCGCCCCGCUUGAAGUUCUCAUCAAGCCAAGAUACAACGGCACAGUAUUCUGCCGCUAUCAAGACUACAGAGAGCCACCCUGGUCUAGCAGAAAGUAUAAGUACUCAGCGCAGCAUUGGAAUAUGGUGGCCGCCCAGUUCAUAUUCGUUUUGAUUUUUGAGAACCUUAUCGUCUUACUGGUCGGUCUGAUAGCCUACAUCAUCCCGGACGUGCCCUACAAACUGCACCAGCAGAUGCGUCAGGAAACCAUCCUCACACACGAACUUGUCCUAGAAACUGAACUAAAGAGAGCCAAGGGGUCGGGUGGUGAGGUCCUGUCGAAGGGAGAAAUCGAUGACAUCAAGACGAAAGUUUCUGAGAAGAUGAAUAACAUCAUCAAGAAGGUGGUCGUCGUCGGUGCUGAUGGUGAAGGGCACGGGGAGCCAACCGGAAAGCCGGCCCGCCAUGUCGGUGAUCUAAAGGAGAAUGAAGGUUUCCAGCAUGCUCUAGAUUGA